AUGGCCGGUACCAUGACCGUCAUUGAUGAAUAUAUUACGAUCCUCAAGAAACGGGCAAAUUCAGCAUGCUUUCUACCAUGCAACCGGAUACCAUGCAGUCAGACGCCCACCCUCAUUAAUCCGCAUACUGGACCUGUAAAGGCACCAUGUCGGACCCAAAUGCUUCCCCAUAUUGAGCAUCCGAGGGGCAAGUGCCCUUGUCCAAUACCCGUCAGUAUCUUAAACCCUAUCCUUCCCGUCCUGGAUAGCAGGAAAGUCACAACCUCAGAUGCUGACAAACUUGAACAACUCGCCAAGGAGAAACUCACUGAGAACGGCUGGUUCAACGCCUCAUCCAACGCCGGCCUCUCCCACACCCACCUCGCCAAUCGCCAGGCCUUCUUCCGCCACAAGAUUGUGCCGUGCCAGCUCGACGACACAAACGACCGAUGGACGCGCACCACCCUGUUCGGCCAGGACGUCUUAGCCCUCUUUGGCAUCGCCCCAGUCGGCAUCAAUGAAAUCUAUCAUCCGCGCGGCGAGCUCCCCGUCGCCCAUGUCGCUACCGAUCUCGGCCUGUCCUACACCCUGUCCACCACAGGCUCGUGUCCUAUCGAGGACGUGGCGUCGGCCUACGAUAUCGGCCGCGCGGCGGCGUGCAGAGCCGGGGCAGGCAACGUCAGAGUCCUGGAGGCGACGCGCUUCUUCCAGCUCUACAUGCCACAUGACGAUGAGCUGACCGUCUCCCUGCUUCGGCGCACCCACGAAUCUGGAUGCACAGCCUACAUGCUGACGACGGAUACGUGGCAGCUCGGCUGGCGGCACGACGACGCCGCGACGUUCAACUAUGCUUUUGACCGCCGCAUCGGGGCCGAGCUCGGCCUCCCCGACCCCGUCUUUCAAGUGCGGCUCCAGGGAAAGGGCAUCGAUCCGGCGAAACAGCCCAAGGAGGCAGCCGUCAUGUGGAUCGACAGGAUCUGGCACGGCUGCGCCUGGUCUUGGGACAAGACCGUCUGGGCGCGCGAGACGUGGCGCGAGAUCAGCGGCGGCAAGUCCUUCCUCAUCAAGGGGAUCCAGCAGGUCGACGACGCCGAGAGGACGGCGGAUCUCGGGUUUGACGGCAUCGUCGUCAGCAACCACGCGGGGCGGCAGCUCGAUGGCGCUGUCGCGAUCUUGGCCGCGCUGGAAAAGAUUGUUGAUGACGUGGGAAACCGUCUCGUCGUGACGUUUGACAGCGGCGUCAGGGUUGCGGCGGAUAUCGUCAAGGCGCUGGCGCUAGGUGCCAAUGUUGUGCUCGUUGGGCGGCUCUGGAUCUGGGGGCUCAGCAUCAUGGGCGAGUCUGGCAUUCGUCAUGUGCUCGGGGGCUUGUUAGCGGAUCUGGACCUCUUGAUGAACGUCGCGGUGAUCAACAGCAUUGGGGAUAUCACUAAGGAUUUGACGGAGUCUCCGCCGCCGUCGUGUGCCUCAGUCAACGAGAAGAGCAAGCUGUAG